ACAUUUGAGCUUAUCGGUAGGUGACAGAUGACUUUGUAAGGAUUCAUUUAUUCAUUAGUUUUCACAUUGAAAGUCAUCUCCAUUUUAGUCUUCUAUAUUUAUUCAUGCCAAUUAAGGAAGUCACGUGGGGUUGGAAUGUGAACAGGAAGAGUUGCACCGUCUUUUGUCGCUUAACGCACUUGUUCGAAGCGCUGUAUGGGGACUCUGGGGAGACAAAUUCGUUGUGUAUAUGUCGGUGGCCGAUCGUAAAGUCAGGCAGAUCGUAAUGUUCCUGUGUGAUGUUUUGACGGUGGUCACAUUAAACCAAUAGAUAGGUGAAAAAAACCUUAACAUUCCUAUUGACAAUGAUGACUUUCUGAUGAAAUUCCUAAGGCCUUGCAAAUUUUAUGCAGAUAGUGCUCUAAAGAAGAUACAAGCAUUCUACAAAUUCCGCCAAGCGCAUGAAACCUACUGCCACGACCUGAUGCCGUCGGUGGUGCGAGCCGCCUUCGACCACUCUAUCAUAUCUAUUUUAGCGCCGCGCGACCAGCAUGGUCGGCGCAUCAUGUUCGUCGAAUCUGGCAAGGGCUGGGACCCUCGUGCGGUGCCUCUAUCCGAAGUGUUCCGCGGCGUGCAGUUGGGCCUGGAAGCGGCCAUGACGGAGCCGCGCACGCAGGUCUCUGGCGUCAUCGUUAUCAUGGACAUGCAGGGGCUGUCCCUUAGCCACGUGCUGCAGUUCACGCCCUCUUUCGCCAAGAUGGUCGUCGACUGGGUGCAGGACUGUACUCCAAUCCGAUUAAAAGCGGUGCACAUCGUGUACCAGCCGUACGUGUUCAAUAUGGUGUUCGCGCUGUUCAAGCCGUUCCUGCGCGAGAAGUUGCGCUCGCGCAUACACUUCCACGGCAACAACAUGAACUCCCUUAAGGCACACGUGGACGGCAAAGCGCUGCGUCCGCGCCACGGUGGUUCGCUGCCCGAGAUGGAGGUUACCGGUGAGCUGCUUUGGAAAAUGCUGUCACAUUACGAGGAUGGCUUUAAAGAGGCUAACUCCUAUGGCUAUGUGAAGAUCAAUGAAAAUCGCAAAUAAUAUACGUCAUAGGGUACUUAUUUACUUUUUAGUAAAUAUUCACAUAUCGUUAGUUAAUAGGAUAAAUAAGGAUGUGGGUCCACAAAUAAAAGUACCUAUGUUGUGUAUAUUUUCUGUAAAUGCGUCAUUCUCAGGGACUAGGGCAGGGAAUAGGGUGAAAUCAUUCAGAGUCGUUGGUCUCAUGAAAACAAUGUCGUUUGCCAGACAACCUCGUAGUUUGAUUCAUUGAGAACUAGAGAUGAACGAUCUAAAUGUGAUUGGUUGCACCCUUAAGUACGGCACAAGCUUACGUUUAAUGUAGGUAAACUAUGCUAAUUACAUAUGCUGUCGUUGUCAAAUGUUGUCAUACGUGCAUGUUAAGCUGGCUAUACACACAGUUUUGCCUGUACAUUUCAGCUGCACAGGUAACGUUGUUUAGGAAACUGUCGAAUGCCACAUACGCUCCUUUGCAGUUGGUAAAACUGCGCAGGCAUACCCUAGUGUGUAUGGCCAGCUUUACACAUACUUAGGGUGCAAGUUUCUGGCAAGAGUCGGAUAUAUUUCCAGUUCUGCUCUUUGUUGUACAAAAUAUAUGGUUAAAAGAAACAUACCUUUAUUAGGUUUAAUGGCAGGUGAUAUUAGGAUAAAACUUUAGGGAGAAUUACGGUAAUAUUAUAAAUAGGUAUAUUAUUUUUUCCAUAAUACAUUUUUAUAGAUAAACUGCCACAGCAAUGUGACAUUUACCAUACCUACAUUCCACAUGGAGGACUAAGUACCUACUACUUAGAAUAGCACUGUGUCAUGAGGUAUUAGGUUUGCUCACAGGAAAACGCAGUAUCAGACCAAAAAAAUGAUACAAGCUGCUAUUCUGUUGAUGUGACCUGAUUUUCACAAAUUAGCAACAUCUGAAGCGCUGGUGGCCUAGCGGUAAGAGCGUGCGACUUGCAAUCAGGCGGUCGCGGGUUCAAACCCGGCUCGUACCAAUGAGUUUUUCGGAACUUAUGUACGAAAUAUCAUUUGAUAUUUACCAGUCGCUUUUCGGUGAAGGAAAACAUCGUGAGGAAACCGGACUAAUCCCAACAAGGCCUAGUUUACCCUCUGGGUUGGAAGGUCAGAUGGCAGUCGCUUUCGUAAAAACUAGUGCCUACGCCAAAUCUUGGGAUUACUUGUCAAGCGGUCCCCAGGCUCCCAUGAGCCCUGGAAAAAUGCCGGGAAAACGCGAGGAAGAAGAAGAAGACAGAUUAGCAACAUCUGUUGUGUAGGUACUUACCUAUUAAUAUUAAUAGUUACCUCCAUGUUAUGUGAUCAUUUGGAAAGCUUGUGUUUUGUUUUAGUAUUUUGUUUUAAACAUAUGUACAUACUUAUUAAAAAUUCAAUAAAUUCAUAAUAAAACAAAUAGAAAAGGA